AUGCUAGCUCCAGGGGCAGUUGCAAUUAUUGCAGGGCUACUGGCCCACCAUCUGGUCUUUAUUCACGGAGAAUGGCAUCUUAAGGCCCCUAGGGUCGUUGUUCUUCAUCUUCUUUCUGGGGGUCUAUUUUAUGCAAGCUGUUGGUUUGGUCGUAGAAGGACCCAGGCCGGCUUGGUUCAGACAAUAUACUUGACGACAUGCUAUCUCUUAUCACUAUUCACAAGCAUUACGGUAUACCGACUCAUAUUCCAUCGAUUGAGACACUUCCCGGGUCCAAAAUUAGCUGCAGUAACCAAAUUAUGGCAUGUUUGGAAAUGCCGUGAUUCUCGCGGGCAUCUCGUCUUGCAGGCCUGGCACGAAAAAUAUGGGGAGUUUGUACGAACGGAGGGACUCUCCAAUGACAUUGGGAAUGGAUCUUCAGGUCCCGCCGAAAUUACCAUGUUCCACCCCGAGGCCUACGAAGCCAUGGAUGGUGCUGACAAUCGCAACACACGCUCUGAUUGGUACGACCUUCUAUAUCCUCGGAUAUCCUCAAUCUUUACUCGCGACCGACAGCUGCAUCAUGAACGGCGGAAGAUGUGGGAGCAAGCGCUGAGCCGAAAAGCAUUGGCCCAGUAUCAUCAGCGGGUGGUGGAAAAGGUACGAACACUGCAAAGUCUAGUUGCUUUGGAACAGUCACGCCCUGUUCUUAUAAAUGACCUGAUGUAUUUCUUCGCUUUUGACUCUAUGGGUGAUUUUGCCUUCAGCGAAGAUUUCGGCAUGAUGAAAAACAAGAGGUGGCAUUCGUCGAUAGCCAUGCUGCGCUCGGCACUCACGUUGCUGGGUCCAUUCAGUCCUGCCAUAUGGAUCCCGAGACUAGGGUUUGCAUUUAUUCCUUCGCUGUGGAAGGUCCGGCACUGGUUUCAUAUGCUCGAAUUUUGUGAUCAAUGCAUGGCUGGACGGAUGAAGAAAACACUCCCAGAUCGCGAUAUUGCAUCUUGUUUCAUUGAUGACCAUGUUAAGCACGGAUCAGAUCCCACGCGGGCGCGCUGGUUGAGCGGUGAUACUGCAACACUAGUUGUAGCCGGAAGUGACACCACCGCUCCAAGCCUAACUCUCCUCUUCUAUUUUCUCGCUCGCUAUCCCAUGGAUGCUGAGAAGAUAUACGAGGAGAUUCGAGGGGUUGACAGGGGGAAUCCAGCUGCCUUGGCCACGUUGCCACAUUUGACGGGGACUAUAAACGAAGCAAUGCGAUUACUUCCAGCAGUACUAACCUUCAGCUCACGAGUAACUCCACCAGAAGGACUAAUGAUAGAUGGCACGUUUAUUCCGGGAAAUACCAAAAUAUGUGCACCACGCUACACAACUGGUCGACUUGAGACAGCAUAUGUCAACCCCCAUGAGUUCAUUCCCGAACGGUGGUACAGCCAGCCGGAGUUGAUCAAGGAUAAAAGGGCAUUUGCUCCUUUUGGCGUCGGGCGUACGAGCUGCGUUGGCCGUCAUUUAGCCCUUGCCCAAAUCCGUCAUGUAACCGCUGCCUUGGUGUUCCAUUAUCGGAUCACAUUUGCAUCUGGUGAAAAUAAUGGCGAGGCUGUGGAACGGGAUAUGAAGGACCAAUUGACCGCACAGCCUGGUGCCUGUCGGCUUGUGUUUCAAAGUCGGGUAUAG